CUUUCUGGUUUCACUUUCAAAUUUCCCAAACACUGCAAAUCCAGAGAGAUAGAACUAUCAAAUAUGGCGGGAUUGCUAGCAUGGGCGGCAGACGUAGUCGGAGCCGGCGGCGGUCAAGGCGACGAAGACGACAAUCCCGAUUCAAUCCCACUGAUAUUCACACCGGAGCAGCAAAAAUACGCCAUAGAAUUAGAUUCAAAAGCGGCUUCUCUCAGCCGUUCGAUCCAUGAUCUACGGCUCAGAAUCCCUCCGACGGACAUCUCCCAACGCCUCCCUCACCUCCACGCUCACUCCCUCGCUUCCAACGCCGCCCUUGCCCUCCAAUUGAACGCCCACUCCUCCACUCGCGAACAGGCCCAGUUGAGAGAGGUGACAUUGCUGGAGGAAAAUGAUGCCUAUGAAAAGGCUAUAUCGAACUGUGAAAGUAAGAUACAGGAGAAGAUUGAGGAAGUGGAGUUACUUAGGAGGAAGUUAGAGGAAAUGGAGGACACUGAAAAGAAUUUGAGAGAUGAGCUGGAGAGUGCACAGACAGCAUUGGAUAUCAGUCGAUCCCACGGAUCAGAUGAAUCCGUUGGCAACCCCAAAACUGUAGUUGAAACUGUAGAUGACAUAGAAUCAUCAAAGAAAGCUAUACUAGACAAGUUAGAGAAGAGGAAAAGAGAACUGAGUUCAAUGGAAGCAGCAGUUCAAGAUUUAGAGAAAAAAUGGGGAGAAAUUCAAGAUAAUGCACUGAGCCAGCCUUCUCCAGCUCAAAGAGAGAAGAUUCUGGAUAAACAGUAUCACAGUCUUAUUGAGCAACUAGAAGCAAAACAGGCACAAGCAGAAGGCCUAGUUGGUGAAAUUCAUUUGAAAGAGAUGGAACUAGAAAGAUUAAAUGGGUUAUGGAGGAAGCUCGAAAGCAGCAACAAUGAGAUGACUGCUGCUAGAAACCGGUUUGGACGAAGUACAUCUGAAAGAGGAUUUGCUUCUUCGGACAAUAUCCUUGACGCUCACCACAAGUAUGCUGGUGGCCGAACAGAGAAUCAGCAGAGGCUCAUGCUGCUCAGGUCGAUGUUCGUGCUUUACAUUUUAGCUUUGCACAUAUUAGUCUUCAUCAGAAUCUCAUUUUGAAGAUCCUACAUUGAUCUUAAUUAUGUUUCUGUGCCAAAACCUGAUUUUUGUUGUAUUGUAAAAAAUGGAGAAGAAAUGUAAACAAGUGAGAGAUGGAAAAGCUUUUGUUGUUUGAGUAUAUCGACAGUUUAUCAACAUUUGCAUAUACAAAUAUAAAGCAGAUUUGACAUGUU